AUGUGUUCUGCAUACGAUCGACUUAAAAAACAUAGACAGCUAAAAAAAUUGGCUCAACAAUCAAAUGAUGAACCAGAGGUUGAACCCCGGGUUGAACAAAAUGAAUUAAAUUCAAACUUAUCUAUGGAUAUUGAUGUGUCUAUGGGAGUUGACAUAAUUUGCAAUAUGAUAAAUGACCCACAAAUUCCAGUAAUCAUGAUUUUGAUGGUCAUUUGGAUUACUUAUCAAAUUCAUCUUUCGACUACUCAAGUACAUCAUCUAAUUUCAGAUCAAUUUCAUCUUUAA